GGAAACUUUAAACAGAAUAAAGUGGUUGGCGAUAAUUAUGGAUGAGGUGCACCAUCUGAAGGAUCCAAAGAGGGCGGUUACUAUUGCUUCAAAAUCCUUAAAAGUGAAAUGCAGGUAAAUACAGUUUUCUUUGACGUGGGUCUAAACGUUCACGAGAGUUCACAAUCCCGAAAUUGCUUCUAAUAAAUUUAUAUCGUAAAACGUGCUGGAUGGACUCACUAUUAACUGGGACGAUCUCUACUGCUGUCUCAAAGCAGUUGUCAGACGGGCUGAAAUCAUAUUGCUACGUGGACCGAACCGACUGAAAUCUAUUGAAGCCUGGACAAAUUUGGAGCAGGAAUAUUUUUACAUCGGUCUAAAGUUUGAGAAAAACGCUGAAAGUACCCAACUGCAUGCAUGCAUGCAAGAUUAAUCUGAUUGAAUGUGGAUUGCUUCUUGAAUACAGACGAAGGAGACUAAACGAUUUCCCACCCAGUCUUGCGUAAACACGCUGUCUAAUUUCGCCUUCUUCCCAGGGGCGGAUCUAGCAUCAUCUGCAAGGAGGGGUGCAGGUUUUCCAUGGGUGUGGUGCAUGAAGGAGCCUUAUUGCCCAUGCACUCUCCUCUGCGGUCUAUAACGCUACUAUCCCAACAUUUCCAUUAUUUGAGAUAGCCUGGUAGAGAAUCUGGACUGGACAGUUGCUGUAGCACAGUACAGUAAAAUACUAAAAGUCCUUAAAGGGAUAUGGCAAUAUAAAUUCAGUUUGUCUUAUUUGAAAGAACAUUUAAAAUGAUAUAUAAACUUCCUUUACAAUUAUUCCGUAUCUUGCUUGGUUUUCGAAAUAAAUCGACUUAUUUUGAUCAAAAGCAGCGUGCAUUCCGCCAUCUUGGAUAUGCAUUCGAUAUGCAUACGUCACAAGUAGGGUAAAAAGCGACAUUUUUAUCUUGCAAACCACAUGUCAUUAUCAUCAUUAUGAAACUCGAUUUUCGGAAGUCUUUUUAGUACUCAAUUAACUCACAGCAUUUUAAGAAACUUUUCGAAGAAAUUUACAUGUAGUCCCACAUGAAGAAGUUUUAAAAAGUUUACCCUGCUUGUGACGUCAUCAAAAACUCAGUUAAUUAGGUCAAUUAUAAUACCAAGAUGGCGGACUGCACACUGUUUUUGGUAAAAAUAUUUCGAAAACCAAGCAAGGUACGAAAUAAGACAAGGUUAAUUUUUAUUGCCAUAUCCUUUAACAACUUCGACAUGUUUACAUCUUUAACCAUUUACUGUAACUAAAGCAUUCUGAGUAUUUUCUCGUGAGCUCACACAUCAAUUAAAUCGUUUCAAAAAAUCGACACGCGCUAACAGUAGAAGUUCUGCUAAUCGCUAUUCGAAAAGCAGAAAAUGUAUGGUCAAGCAUAUUUUUAGGGUGGUGCUGGACUUCUCUAGGGGGGUGGUAGACACCACUAGGUGGGGUGCGCACUCCCCUGCACCCCCAGGUAGAUCCGCCCCUGCUUCUUAUUGUACUUUGUCCUUGUCCAUCCUCCAGGGCUUCUCGGCUGCCUUAUGGCAACGUAAGGUAGCCGAGAAGCCCUGGGAACGAGGAUGGUCCUUGCCCAUGUAAACGAGGACAAUACACGACUGCACCUCCAAUAGUUCCAUAUGUUAUUAUUUCAUACAGUUUCUUAUCGUUGACUGCAUGAGCUUAACCUUGGAGAACCAGAGAGAAAACCUCUCGACCCAUGGUAGUACAGUAACAGUAUACCGGGUGUCCCAAAAAAAAGUACUCCUGUUUGAUUCGUAAUAACUUCUAAACAAGUAAAGCUUUUUUAAAGAAAUAACUUGCAUUAAAUAGAGGAAGGACUAACUUAGAUUUUGAUAUAUUAUAGUUGUAUUUAACUUAAAAAUUCACGGAGAUAUUAAUCUUUAAAAUCGGGAGCAUAUUUCUGGAUGUGUCUGAAAUAUGCAAAAAACGGCGUAUCAAAUAUUAAUCAAGAUUUGCCCGACUGAAACAUGCACGAUUACCAGUAAAUAAAUGACACUUGACAAAUUGUUUAUUAUGAAACAAAGUAUUAUUAUAUCUACAAAAUACAAGCAAGAUUUAUUCGUCCGAAAUUCGCGUGUGUUCCUAGCACGAAUACGUUUCCUUAUUUCAUGAGACCACUGCAUCUCAAAGGAUCGUUCGUAGUUCUGAAUUAGCGCCUGCCUUCCAUGUACUUUUUAGUUUGUGAAGACCUAAUAUUAAAUACUUGCAUAAUUUCGAACGUUCAUAUUUCAGGAAACAAUGAGCUAAGACUUACAUGUAAGAUGUCUAAAUCUACGCCAUAUCCCUUACAAACCCUAACGAUAAUUCGCUGAAAUACAAGUUAGCCUGAUAUGUCAUUAAGCAAACAAACGCUGGAGUUAAUAUUUGAUAUGCCGAUUUUCGCUAAUUUUAGACACGUCCCAAAAUAUGCUCCCGAUUUUGAACAUUAAUAUCUCCGUGAAUUUUUAAGUAAAAUACAACUGUAAUAUAUCAAAAUCUAAGUUAGUCCUUCCUCUAUUUAAUGCAAGUUAUUUCUCUUUAAAAGCUUUACUUGCAUGUUUAGAAGUUAUUACGAAUCAAACAGGAGUACUUUUUUGGGGGACACCCGGUACAGUAAACGCACACUAUUCCUCUAAAUAUUAUUUAUAUUAUAACCUUUGCUUUAAACUUUAUUUUCAGGAUAGGUUUAACAGGGACACCUUUACAAAACAGAUUGUUAGAUUUCUGGUCAGUACUUGACUGGGCAAAUCCCGGUUGUUUGGGAGAUAAAGAAGAUUUUACCUAUGACUUUGGUAGACCUAUUAUGCAAGGACAACGAUUUGAUGGCACAAAGCGAGAGCUUGCCACUGGAAGAAAAAGUAAUGGUUGAUUAAUUUUAUUUAAUUCCUUAUAUUCUAAAAUGAACAUCGCAAAUGUUGUUAGAUGUGUUUUUACACUAGAUACAGUUGGUAUGGAUGAUAGUGUACGAACCAAUGCACAAUUAUAUAGAGGUUCAGAUUUAACUUCCACUGCCGCUUCUUCUCACGGCUUAAUACCCUUUUGAUUGGUUACAGUAGUCGUGUAGAUUAAACCCUUUUGAUUGGUUGCGGUAGUGGAAGUCAAAAUCUGAACCUCUCUAAUAUCGGCGACCGGUGCCCAUACAAAACCAUGCCUGGACAGAAAAAUAUCCCACAGUAGGUGUGAUUCGAUGAUGCUCAGAAUUAUGUAAGGCAGCUCUAGAUACAGUAGUACUCAGUGUGAGUGAACUCAGAGUCAGUCAACGCUCUCGCGGGUUUCUUCUGGGCACUCCACUCGGUUUCCUCCCACAGAGAAUAUUGACAGGAUGGGUGAAGAUACACAGAAGCGGAUUCACGAUCCUGUCAACAUUAGCUGCAUUUGGAAUUCAAAUACAUACAGUGUAUGUCGUGAUUUCAUAAAAAAAAAUAAGAUAAAGGAUAUUAUUACGUUUUCGUCCUAGAAUUUUACAUUGUAGGAGUAGGAGAACAAAAUUAUUUCACUUUAACCUUGUAUAAAAGACGAAAUUUAAUGCUCAUUUAUUCUGCUAGAAACACAGGAGUUUCAAUCAAUGAUAGAUGAUUGGUGUUUACGAAGGACAAAGGCUUUAAUUGCAGAUCAACUACCACAGAAAGGUAAUGGCGGAUGCACGCGUUUAGUGCAUUAAUAUAUGUUUCGUUACAUUACAUUACAUUACACUGAUUACAGCACUAGUACUGUAUGUUCCAGGGCUCGAAUUUUAUCGCGGCAAUUGCCGUAGAGGGAGAACAAAAUGCCGUGGAUCAUUGCGGCAACGACGGCAAUUUUUUGCCGUAUAGUGCAAUUUUUAUACUAUUCACUGUGCAUUACUACUUUGAUACUUGAAUUCAGAUGUUGAUCAAAUCAUGCGUAAAUCACCAUUUUUGUCUCAGUUUUCUUCGAAAAAAAAACACUAAAGAAAUACGUCAAGACAUGUUUCUAUCUUGUCAAAAAUCCAAAGUAACAAUAAAAUUAAAGUUUUAUUACAGUAAUUUGAAAAACUGAUGCCUUGGAAACUGCCAAAAUUGCCGUAGACAGCUGUUACGUUCCACGGCAAUUUUUAACGCCAUUGCCGUCGAUUGAUUUCAGGGAAAUUCGAGGCCUGGUAUGUUCAUUACAUUGCAGUACAGUACAAUGAGUACAUAUAAAGGCCGUUUUCCACUUCAAGCGUACCGUAACCGAAACGUGUAAAAAAAUUAAAUUUCAAAAUGUUGUGAAUGUUGAUUGAUUAAUUAAUACUUCCGUAGUACGCUAAAAAUUUAAUUUUGUGGGACAUUUUCCGUAGUACGCUAAAAGUUUAAUUUUGAUAUUCAUUGCUUUUGUGGGACAUUGCUUUGAUAUUCAUUGCUUUUGUGGGACAUUGAUCGUGUUCAUUGCUUUUGUGGGACUUUUCCCACUUUAUUUCAGGCUACGAACGGUACUUUUCCCGAAAAACAUAAAUAUUUUGCCUGCCCCCCUCGCAAAGCCUUGGGCCCAGGGAAAAUUGCUUUACCUUCGAUUUUUCUGCCAACCUCAAAAAGUUUCUGGGACCAAUGGUUCCGUGGUCCGCUACACGGCAAAAAAACGCUCAGGUUGAUGCAAUCAUGAUGAAAACAGGAUUGAACAAUGUUUUGCUGCCCACAUUGUUCAUAGCUGUCAACAAUAUUGAACAAUAUUGUUACACCCGAUUCAGGCUCAACAGCAUUGUUCAACAUUGUUGACAAGUGUGAACAACGUGGGCAGCAAAACAUUGUUCAGUCCUGUUGAGCAACGGGCUCGGCGUUUUUUGCCGUGUAUAUUAUGUAGCCCUUGUACAGUAGUGCCGAUAACCAGACAGCUGCGGAUGGAAGCAUAUAACGUCGACGUUUUGAGUUAGUAGAAGGGCCGAGAAAUGGCCUUAGCUCAAAACGUCGAAGUUCUGGUUGUAUACAUUAGAGAUCUUACGAUUUAGGACGGCAACGGCUACCAAUACAAUAAAUCAUUGAAAAGAAUUGAAUAAUUACAAUAUAUGAAUAAUUUAGACAUUGUCCUCGCUCUGUUUACAACGCCAAAUCACAGAUUUUCACGUCUUGAUACAACGGCUGCAUUUCAAGCCACAACAAGUGCAACUUCAAACUGGGUUCAGCAGAACUCUUCCCAAACAUAAAAUCCAUGUCUUCAACUUCUAAGACUGUAUUAAAUUCAUACGAUUGAUAAUAUACCACGAAUUAUCUUUACUACCAUUUAUUUGAAGGAGUUUGUUCUGGCCGUCGUCAUCGCGUUGCCGUCCUAAAAUCGUAAGGUCUUUAGUAUCUCAAUCCGCAGUUGUCUUUUUACAAUAAUACUAUAGUGUUUUAUUAACAUUGCAUGGGACCAGAGGUUUGUGUCCGCUUAAAACAGAUGUGCGCUUACGACUGUACACAGAAAGAUCCAGACUCGAACAUGAUUUCAUCCGUUUAGGGCUCUGCGGUCACGACACUUGCGACCAAAUGGAAACCAGGCUAGAAAAUAUUUCCUUCCAUGUGUGAAGUUUCGAAUCUCCCAAUAUCCACUAGGACUGCAAUAUACUGUGUAGUUUUAGGUAAACCAAAUGUCCGGAGGGAGGAAAUUACAUUGUAAGAUAUGGUCGUGUGUGUUUUUAGACCAGAAAGUUGUAUUUUGCCCCUUGUCUAAAGUACAAGAAGAUAUAUACAAGACACUCUUGCAGACGAAUGAUGUACAGUUGGUGUUGAAGCAGGGUGAACCUUGUGACUGUAGAAGUGAAUUAACUCGCGGGAAAUGCUGCUAUGCGGUAUGUUGUAAUACGAAAUGUCGAGAUAUUUAUCCAUACUUUAUACUGGCAUCACCCACUGACCCACUAAACGUAUACAAGAUCUUGUGGUUGGUGUAGCUCAGUUGGUUAGAGCGCUGCACCGGAAUCGCAGCACCGCAGGUUCGAUUCCUGCCAUGCAGGGGGCCUAUAGUUUCAUUUUUGAUUAAUCAAAAAUCUUCAAAAUGUUAGUUUUUUUAUUUCGUCCAUUCCCAGGUCAUUCACUCAUUCCCCGUUCCCUUCCUCUAUUCCCCGUUCCCUUCCUCUAUUCCCCGUUCCCUUCCUCUAUUCCCCGUUCCCUUCCUCUAUUCCCCGUUCCCUUCCUCUAUUCCCCGUUUUAAAGGUAGCCUGGUUAGGUCUAAAAUUGUAUAUAAUCUUCCCGUCGAAAUUUCCAUCAGUACAAAAACAAUUCAACUGUAACACGAAAUGCCGUGGUAGUGCGUGGUCGUACGCUUUAUAACUAAGUCGGCGUACGUUUCGUUGACGUUUACGCGAUUUCCUAAUUAAAGUAGUUUUUUACCCAUGUUCUCUGAGUUUUCUAAGUAUACUAAUGAAGAUGAGUUUUAUCAGAUAUAAAGUCACUCCACGUGACAUAUUAUGACUGACAUGAUUUGCCACAAGGUUUAUGAAUUAUUAAUGAGUAUUUUAAACAUAUAUAACGUGAAAUUUUCAACUACUAAUUUAAGCAUUGCAUGAGCAUUUCAAUUUUGGGGUUGUAAAUAGCGAGAUGGUAAAUUGAUGACGCUAAAUUGGAACGGAGGAUGUUUUAACAUCCUAAAUUGGAACGGGGGAUUUUUUUUUAAUUGGAACGGAGGUGUUUUUGAGGAUGUUUUAAUCCUUCUUAUACUUAAAAGUAUAAGAACGAUUUUCAAGUAAAUAACUUAUUGUAAGUUACUUAUCGUACGCUUUCCUAGAUAGUUGGCGUACGCCAAGCUGUUUUUGGCGUACAAUCGUACGUCCGUACAACGUUCGUACGAUUGCACGCCUAUUUUAACCCUUUGUUUAGGUAUAUAUCGUAUGCAUGCAUGGGACUUAUAGUAAGAGGUGGACCAUAUCUAAUAUAUUUAGGUGGAAUAUAUCGUAUGGGACCUUGUAAUAAAGAGUGAACCAUAUAUAAAUUAUAUAGCUAUUUCUCUGGAAUAAAUUACUGCAGUUCUUGGCACAAAAGUGGGAAAUGCUAAACAUUCAGUUCUGACAAUUAUUGAUCGGAGAGGUUAAAAUCCAACAAGAAACAGUUCGUGUAUAUAUCUGAGCAUUUAUAGUAAAAUAAAGGCUGCAGAAUAAUAAUGAUUUAUUGGCAAUACAUCCACAGAGUGGCUCUUUGCUUACCUAAAUAUACAAAUAUAAUAAAAUUAUAUACAAAUUCUACAAACUAUAUACGAAUAGUACUGCAAUAUAACUGUUAAACAAGGUUUUUACAUAUAAAAUUAUUAUUGUAUUAAAAGUUAAAACAAAAUAUUUAUAAUUAUGUAACUAUAAUGGGAUAAUUUCAAAGUUUAGCCACGUCUUGACCAUGCUUUCAAGACUAAGAAAUUCUUGGCCUCUUUACAAGGUACUCGAUAGUCCCUGCAGUUCCUAUUUUCUAUAGGUAAAUUAUUAAAAAGAUGUGCUGACUGGUCCUAGCUGUAAUGUGUUCUUAAUUAGAGGAAUUUGAAUUUGACAGCUACAGUAUACUUCUCGAUCUAAGAACUCGAGAAUGUUCCACCGAGAAUGUUAUUUUAUUAUCCAUGCUAAUAGACAACGUCAACUAAGAAGAUUUUAUGAUAUGUAGCUGAAAUUUCUGCUCGAAAAAUGAUCGCUGUAUAACAGUAUUGGCGCGAGAAGAUCUACCCUACCUGUUGUUGCUUACAUAUUAAUAAUUUCGUUUCAUUAAAAUAUGUUUUUCGUUCUAACUGAAGGUGAAUGAAGAAGGAUCAAACAUGAAGAAACUGUUAUUACAAUGUCUAAGACUAUUUCUAAAGAUUUCAAAUCAUGCAGCCUUAGUUCUUCCUCAUGUGAAACAGACUGACGAUCAACGUAAACGGGUAGGUGCGUGGUUACUUUACCAUGAUUCUCUCCUAUAUGUCCCUGCAGGUUAUCGAAGUAUGAGAUGGAUUUACAGGCAGAUUCUUUUUUCAAAUAUUUUCUUUACAAUCUUUGAAUCUAAGUUACUCCCAAAGCUGUCACUAGCUCCGGCCUUUAUCAUUAGUGAAGUCUCAAGUCCUCCAUGCCCCCCUUCUACGUUUCUAAAACACUGCAAUAUGAACCGUGUUCAUGCUAUGUUGAUUCUUGAAAUCUCUGCCAGAGGGCAUGUGGUUGAAUUUUUCGCAGCUUCUCCGGGUCAGGUCUAAAAAAUAUAUAGACAGUUGUUCGUUGUAGCUUCCCGACGAACGGUCUUCGCUCGAAACGUAGAAGUUCUGCUUGUAUUUUUCAGGUAUAAUUGUUGUAUAUCUCUCAAUCCGCAGCUGUAUGGUUAUCUAUCGUCGAUAUAUCAUAUAAUUUUCGCUCGAAAUUUACAAAAACCUUUAAACUCUCAAUCUCUUCCCCUUUCUCAGAGAAAACCACCGCUGCUCAGCCUUACAGUAUGCUUGAAUAACAUUCAGCAUGAACAUUUGCAUUUUCAAUUUCAACAUUUCUUUUAUUUUCUAGGCCAAAGUGAUAUGCGAGAAAGUGUUUGCGGUACAUCCAGAGUUUGAGGCGGCCAGCAAAUCACCCUCGUUUGAGUUGUUUUCUGACAGCAAUUUUUGUGGAAAGAUGAAGGUUUUAGACAAAUUAUUAAAAUUGUUUCAACAAGAAAAGGAUAAAGUGUUACUAUUUUCGUAUUCUACGCAAGUAAGUAUAGUGUUCCAAUAUUUCAUUGCUGUAACUAUUGUAUUGCUCCAUAUUAACAAUCACGAUUUCAAUAUGUACAGGGAUUUCUUACCCUAUAGAUUAUUGCUAAUCCUCAUAUUAAUCCUAACCCUAACCUAAUUCCAACUCUGAAUUUUACUCCAAUCCUAACCUAACGUAAAACUGUGUACCAAUGUUAUUGUGACGUCAUCAUCAUUUUUAAGUGAAUUCAAAAGAAAAAUCUCCACUUAAUCUAUUAUACACUGUUAAUUCAAUAUAUUAGUCUUUAUCAAUUUAGUCGGCAUCUAAAUUUAUGCAGAACAUAUUAAGUUGUAGGUUCGAUAUAUUGUUCCUUAGUAAUGAUAACAAAUAAAUUAGAACAAGGAUUCAUUCUGAUAACUGACGCUGACGUACCACCACUCGAUUCACGAUGUUUAGUUUAAUCACCCAUCAAUAUAUUGUUCACGGUAUAUCGUAUGUCUAUCAAGAACCAUUCUUGUUCAUUUGUUACAUUUUUCUAUCAUACAGUUACUGGAUAUGCUUGAGGCAUACGCGAUAAGUUGUGGCAUGGUGUACCGACGUUUGGAUGGCAAGACUCGUGGAGAACGAAGACUUGAUGUAGUAAGAGAUUUUAAUACAAACCCAAGUAUAUUUCUGUUUCUUGUUUCAACCAAAGCUGGUGGUGUAGGUCUGAAUUUGACUAGUGCAAAUAUUGUUAUUGUAUUUGAUCCGAGUUGGAACCCUUCUGAUGACCUACAGGCUGAAGACAGGUGAGAAUACGUAUAUAGUUAAAUCUUUUUAAGACAGGCAAAUUCGGACCCUUCUUGCAUUUCUUCGCAUAUAUAAAGCCCAUUUUAGAGUUGUGUGUCUUAAAUGCGAUUACACAAUCUGUAUUCAACCAGGCAAACGCCUGUUAAUGCUUUGCAGGCUAACCUCAGGCUGGUGUUUGUAUGAUUAGCGUGACUAGGAUGGGCCGAAAAAUUAGAUACAAACGGCCCACUCCAUAAACGCAGAAUCACACUACCAACAUUUCUUUUAACCAAACAUACUACAGUAUGAUUAAAGUUCAGUUGUAGCAAUGCUUCGUUUCUUAGCAAAUACUGAGGGCCUGCCGUGAAAUGUUUUGAUGGACCAAAUGACAGGAAAAUGUUCAUUCUUCUUGAUUGUGUAUAGUCAGCACACCGCUCGCUAGCUUUUCGUUAGGUGUCCGCUAAUUGUCCGCUGGCUGUUCACUAGCUGUUCGCAAGCUAUCUUCUUGCUCUCUGGUAUCUGUUCGCAAGAUGUCUACUGUCUGUUCGAAAGCUCUCUAAGUACUAACUGUUUGUAAGCUGUUUACAUAUUGUUUGCAAGGGAGAGAGAGAGGGGGAGGGAGAGAGAUACAGAGAGAGGUAGAUACAGAGACGCAGAUUCAGAUACAGAGAUACAGAGAGAGGUAGAUACAGAGAGAGGUAGAUACAGAGACACAGGGAGAGGUAGACGCAGAGAGAUACAGACGCAGAGAGAUACAGACGCAGAGAGAUACAGACGCAGAGAGAUACAGACGCAGAAAGAUACAGACGCAGAGGGGGAGAGAGGGAGAGAGAGGUAGAUACAGAGAGAGGUAGGUACGAGACGCAGAUACAGAGAUACAGAGAGAGGUAGAUACAGAGAGAGGUAGAUACAGAGACGCAGAGAGAAGUAGACGCAGAGAGAGGUAGACGCAGAGAGAGGUAGACGCAGAGAGAUACAGACGCAGAGAGAUACAGACGCAGAGAAAUAUUAUUGAGAACUGGUACAACAAUUGAAAACUGACAUUUUCCAUUUUUAUCCUUCCUGGUGUUCACUACACUGUAAAUGCGUAGAAUUAGAGACCUACGCCUUUUAUCAAGGUUAAUUAAUCUGCAUCUGAUCGAAUCGGUUGCAUCUAUUUAUGCAUGCAUGUAUUUCUAUUGAAAAACUUUGUUAAAAUAUCUGAAAUAGUCAUUUGAAAGGUAUUAACCCAGUGAAAAAGCAAUUUUUCCAAUGUAACUUUCUGUCAAUAUAUUAAUAUGUGUGCGUAUUUACUACCAGUUUGAAUUGAUUUUAUCUUGUUAGAGCAUAUCGUAUUGGUCAGAGGAGAGAUGUCAAAGUGUUUCGUUUGAUCUCAGCUGGAACUGUGGAAGAAAAUAUGUACUUACGUCAGAUUUAUAAACAGGUUUGUUCCUUAUAUAAUUAAGGCUGGUUUAGUGUGAUUUACUAUUGUAAAAAUGUAAUCCUCCUUCGAAGACAUUGAUAAAAGGACAAGUUUCCUUGGAAGACGUCACUAUGUCCUUGGAAGACGUCACUAUGUUCACGGAUAAAUUGGUGAAAAUGACCUUUGAAUUUUGUAUAAACAGCCCUUGCGGGGCCGUUAUUUUGGAUGGCCAUUACUUUCGAGAGGCUGCUACGGGUGUUGAAAGGCGUAAAAGUGAAUAUCAAUUAAAAGUAUUGAAAAAUUUAGCUUGCAUGACAGUACGAUGACAUUUCAGAUCACGAUUCAUAACAAAUUAUUUGAUUGCUACAAGCUACGCAACUUCACGUACCACUACUGCCAUGGUACCACAACUGUACACGUGAUAUGAAUUGGUCAAUUUACAUCUAAUUGUUAUGCAAGCUAGAUUUGUAUAUUGAAUGUAAACAUAGGGUGAUUUUUUCUGUGUUGGUGUUGUGUACUCAGGUGAAUAAUGUGAUGUUAUUCUGAGUGUAUAUCCACACCGGGCGAGCUGGAAAAAUUUGCCCGGCCACGGUGGGAAUCGAACCUACGACCUUUGGAAUACUAGCCCAAUGGCGGGAAUCGAACCGUCCUGACCGCGUAGCUCAGUUGGCAGAGCAUUGGGCUAGUAUUCCAAAGGUCGUAGGUUCGAUUCCCACCGUGGCCGGGCAUAUUUUUCCAGCUCGCCCGGUGUGGAUAUACACUCAGAGUAACAUCACAAACAUCAUAGGGUGAUUUGUUACUUACAGCAUAGUAGUAAGACUAGUAAUAUCUGCCAGCAGCCAGGUAUUAGCAAUUUCAACAUUCUAAUGUUCAGUACAAGCUCUACAAGGUGAACAUAUCCUCUUGACUGUUUGGGAGAUUAUGUGGGGGAGAACUCACUACCGUAGGAAACAAUUUUGUAUUGGGGGGGUUGAUUAGUCAGGGGGCGAUUAUUAGGUAAUUAUUUCCCUCUCAAACUUUACAGCUUAUCACUAGUUUACAAAUUAUUGGGGCUGCAGCCUCUCCCGGUUGCUACGGCCCUGUGAACUAGCUGGUGUGUGAUUAUUACAAACAAGGAUUUUCCAAAAAUUAAUGUUAUUUUUUGUAUUGUAGCAACUAGCAAAUGUAGCUGUAGAAGGCAACAAUGAACGACGUUAUUUUACCGCAGUCGAUGGAGAAAAAGACAAAAAAGGAGAGUUAUUUGGGAUUGAAAAUCUCUUUGCACUCAGGAAUGAUGGCUGCUCUGUCUCGACUGACAUAUUUAAGAGGUCUGACAAAAUUGAGAGAGGAUUUCGAAUGACGAAGUACGAGUUGCAGCCCAAAGAGAACGCUGGACAAACAUUGGUAUGCCUGUUUCUGAUCGUGGCACUUUAAGAAAGGACUGUAGAAUGAUAUAGAACUGUUGUUUAUUUACGACUUUAUAUUUCUUUUUAAGAUCGCCGAAUAUUCAGCUAGUCCCUCCGUGCAGUGUCUGGAAACACAAGAAGAGCAGAACAGUUAUAAUUUAGAUGAAAUAACUUCACAGUAUAUAGAAGAUGAAACAACAAACAUAGAUUGUUUACACAACAAAUCACCAGAAAAACAAAACCGUGUUGAGGUAUCACACAAUACUGAAGAUAACUGUACGGAUGAUGGGAAACAAAAAACUAACUUCACUAAAAUCUUGGAUAUUUCUCAUGAAAUUGAGAAACUCGAUAAAAGUUUUGCACCAUCACAUGAUAACGACAAACAGAAAAGACAGAAAAAUAAACAGUAAGGAAAUUGUCAAAUUUAAAAAUGUCGUUAGUUAUCAUAAGUAAAGACUCGCUUAAGCUCCAGCAUUAUUCGUAACUUUCAUGGUUUAUUUUCAGGGGUGCAAGUAUUUCCAAAAGAAGACCAAUUUCUAAAGAUAGUCAAGUUAAUCAGAUACUAGGUAUUAUAGCACGUAUAAGCUUUCCUGGUUUAUUGGAUGGGACUAACCUGAAUAAGAUUAACAACAAACACUUCAACAUUUUGAGCUUCGUUCGAAACGUCAAGGUGUUUUAAUCUUAUGUUUGCGAUGUUACUCUGAGUGCAUAUCCACACCGGGCGAGCGUGAAAAACAUGCCCGGCCACGGUGGGAUUCGAACCUACGACCUUUGGAAUACUAGCUAAUCGAACCGUCCUGACCGCGUAGCUCAGUUGGAAGAGCAUUGGGCUAGUAUUCCAAAGGUCGUAGGUUCGAAUCCCACCGUGGCCGGGCAUGUUUUUCAAGCUCGCCCGGUGUGGAUAUGCACUCAGAGUAACAUCGCAAACAUAUUAUUCACCUGAGUACACAACACCAACACAGAAAAAUUAAUGUUUUAAUCUUUUUCAGAUGGUGUAGACACCAACAAAUGGACCCCCACAUUUCGAAUACCAUCGACUUAUACCUGUUAUUUCAACACGAGUUAAAUAACAUUAUGCAACCUCAUUAAACUGUGUUAAUUCAUGUAUAUAGUCUCCAAUUAUUCGAACAAUUUCAAGCUCCAAUAUGUCUGUUAUGUAUUCAUUUUUGCUUAUGUACACAUGUAAAAUUUCAUUUCUUUGCGUAAUUCAGAGGAGUGUGGCGUUCAACAUACACAUAGUAAUAAGAUGAUCAUUGGCACAAGUGAAGCUGAAAAUGAGAUGACGUCACGAGCAAUGAAGGAAGUGUUUGAUCUUGGUCAAUAUUCUCAGCAACCUGCCAACUGCUUUGCCGCUGCUGACCAGGUAGAUACAGCUACGUUACAACACACGAUCUUUCUAAAUUUUACUCGAAACCAUGCUAUUACCUAUACCUAUCACAUGCCUAAGGUCCUGUUUAUAUGGAAACGAACUAGUCGCCAGCGACCAGAUCCCAGUUAUUAUAGUAUAAUAAAUCUUUCAAUUUAUUAGAUUAUUUGUCGAAAAAUCGACUACAAUAACAACAAAAACAACCUUAAAACUCGCUAAAAAACGUUCGCAGUUCGUUCUAAAAUCAUGCGAUUCUGUUUCUAUGGCAACCGUCUCCUGAUUGGCCGGCAUAUAAUGCCCAAACAACAUAAAUUAAUAUAAAUUAAAAUGUUUAAUACACUGCCCGGGUUGAUCAUUUAAGAUGAUCAACUCAUAGAUAGUCUUCUAAGUUCUUCUCCUCGCAACGCAGCCUGUCGUCGUGGUCGUCCGUCAUUGUUAAACGGCUUCAUCAUUAUUCAAAUUGUUAACUUCAAGUUCCCUUGGUUGAUCCGUUGUCACCUUAUCUUCUUCUUCGGAGUCUGCAAUCCCUUCGUCGGUCGAUCUAAUUUCCAAUGGAACUAAAUGUUGCAUUACUCUUCUUAAACAGACUGGGUUUCUUUCGCCGUUUGCGACUUUGACACUCGCAGCUCGUAUCUGACCAUCCUUGCUUACCAACAGCUGGCUAGUUUCCAGAAAGCUCGUUUUGUAGAAUCCGACUUCACCAAAACUAUGUCUCCUACAGAUAUAUUCGCUCGAUUCGACUUCGAUUUGGACUUACACGUAGCGUUUUCUCGUAAACUAAGCAAAUACUCUUUUUUUCCAUUGAUCGGUAAAUUGCUGAAGGACCUUUCUUUGGUGCUUUGCUCUUUUUGUCAGGACGUUACUGGUACUCAUAAUCUCGUAAUGUUUACUGUUUGGCAUCGGGGUAAUUUGUCGACCGUUAAUCAAUUGAGAUGGUGUCAGUCGAUAAGAUAAAGAUUCUUCGUCGUCAUAGACGUACGUAAUUGGACGAGCGUUUAUUACAGCUUCGAUUUCGAUAAGAACGGUAUUUAGUUCUUCCAAAGUCAGCGUUGAUCGACCAACAAUCUUUUUUAGACAUCGCUUUAUUAUCUUUAUCAAUCUCUCCCAGAAACCUCCCCACCAUAGGGCCCUUUCCACGAUGAAUGUCCAAGUAAUGCGGUUAUUGGCAAGACGACUCAACACAUCCUGUGAACGUGAUGUUUGUAUUUCUUUCGACGCUGAUCGGAAUGUUUUAGCAUUGUCCGAUAUAAGCAUAGACGGCACUCCUCGACGACUAGCAAAACGGCGAAAU